ACGCUGGUUUAAGAGAUUUAACGUUUCCAUGUUAAUGUUAACCCAAACAAUUCAAUGGAUUAAAAAAUUUUAAUGAAUUUAAAACGUAUAUGUCCCAUUUAUAUUUGCCAAAUUUACCGUUUGACAGAUUUAGAUGUACCAAGUUCCUCCUGGCCUUUUUUUGGCCCUAAUGUGAAUGAGGAAUAGCAAAUCAGAUUUUAUAUUUAAAAACAAUGAAUACGCCAAACAGCGUUCGGCAACCAAAAACUGCUGAACGCUGAUUGGUUGGCUCGAAAACUCGGGAGAGUUUAGACAAGGAGGUAAUAACACAUCUCCAAAAUUUUACGGAUUAGCAUCCAAGUAGAAAUCUAAAGCAUUUUAAUUGUAAUUCCAUAAAUAAAUUAAAGUAGUUUGAAAUUAACAAGUACGUAGGAAAACAGAAAAAGGAGCAAUAUGAACUUUGAAAUUUCUUCUCCUUGUCUCACUUGCCAUUGCUAACGGGGGCAGAGUUGUUGACAACAACACAGCUGAUUAUAAUUUCGCAUUUCGCACGUUUCACAAAUAACAGACAUUGCAAAAAGGAAGAUCUGUGUGAAUAUAUUAUUGUUUACGACUGCCAACGUGCAAACCCAUUCUCAGAAACAGAGAGCAUUGAAAAUUAACUGAGUGGCGACAUGGAGAGCCAUUCAAGGAGCAUAAGGAGGCAGAAGAUGCAGCCGAGAGAAGGAAAGAAACCCAUUCAAAAGCCGCUGUGCAGACUGUGCGAGUGUCCGACGUCGGACGGCCACGUCCUCGCGUCGAAGGUGGACAGGUUCAAGCUGAGGAAAUGGGCCAUGGAGGUCAUGAACCUGACGGAAGAAGACGAAAACCUGCCGGAGGUGGUCGAAGAAGACGCUUUGAUCUGCUAUUUUUGCAUCUGGCAGGCAGAGUUUGGGGAUGAGUCUGGAGACGAGGCUGUUGCUUGGUGGCCGAAAAACCUUGAAUUGGAAGAAAACGCCAGGGUGCUGCGGGAGAAUUAUUCAGUUGGAGAAGUAGAACAGUGUUGGGUGCAGUUGGAGGAGAUUGAUCUCGGCAAAUACACGAAGAAAAUAUCUACAAAAUGGACACCCGUCAGCGGAGUGUGUCUUUACUGCGGCAAGAGCUACAACCAUCUGAUGAACCACGUCAAUUAUAUGCACAAAAAGGCCAUCAAAUGCGGAAUUAAGGGCUGCACAACUUACUUUCACACCCAGAAGGAAAAAGAGCAGCACAUGCAGCAGGUUUCACACGAGAAACGGAAAAUUCCAUGUGAAAGCAUAAAAAUUCGUUGCAAAUGUUGUCCAAAUGGAAAGUUGUUUUCCACAGUGGAAUUGUGGAGGCAGCACAUGAGACGCGUGCAUCCAGAACUGGUGGCAUGCACGCAUCAUGGCUGCAAAGUGUACUUCAGAUCCAAGACUAAAAUGAUUGUCCAUAUUAACUCGUGCCACAAGCAAGGCAUAAAUCAAGAUCGUUACCUAUGCAAGCAUUGCGAGUAUUUCACAAACAAAGAUUCUUAUUUGAGACGACACGAAGAGGCCAAGCACAUGCCAAAGAUCUUCAAAUGCGACAGAUGCGACGCAAAAUUCGGCUCAAAAUUGUUAGUGGAAUGGCACUACAAAAAAUUUCACACGUUCGACAAGUGCAAAUCUUGUGGCCAGGACGUUUCUCUCUCAUACAAGGCAGUCCACAGAAGACCAUCGGUUUGCCGCGGAUGCAAACUGAGUUUUGAGUGCUCAGGUUUGUACCAAUCACAUAGGAAGAAAUGCAAACAAACCCUCUUUAGUUGCAAAGAGUGUGGAAAAUCAUUCAACAAGCGUUGGAAGUUGAAUCACCACGUGAAAGAAGUUCACACCAAAUCCGCGAUUUUUCGCUGCGACCAUUGCGACUAUUCUGCAUUUAUUAAGCGGUACAUGCAGUGGCACAUGCAAUGUAAACAUCUUCCAAAGACGAUUAAGUGUGAAGAGUGCAAGAAACUAUGUUCCACGAAAUCGACACUCAGGGUUCACAAGUCCAGGUCGCACUCAUUCAUUCGCUGCGCUGAGUGUGCUCGGGAGAUGCGCCAUCAAAACAUGUCGAAACAUCAGAUUGCCAAGACUUGCCGCCGCUGCGAGAGCAAGUUCAAGUGCCGCGGACUUCUUGCAAAUCAUACUAAGAGUUGUGUGCCUUUAAAUAGUAAUUAUUUCUGUUGUGACAAGUGCCCGAGAUCAUACGGGAAAAAGAUAUGUUUGUAUGCUCAUAUUGUCAAGAAGCACAUUGAUCGAUAAAUAAAAUGAAUAACGGCAUUUGCGAUUGGGGAAAAAUUCGACAAUCCCCACGCGGUAAAUCAAUGUGCGUGGAACCGCGGAACGGUGUGUCGAACGGUCAAAAUGUAAACAAGCCCAUUGGCGAUUUUUAAAAAUAAAAACGAAUAUCUUCUAGGGCGGCAGCUAAAAAUAAUCUUAAUUGGAUGCAGAAUUUUACGGCGAUUCUAACGAACCUUGCAUUUUUACCCUACGGCCCAUACGAACAGAGUUAAUAAUUUUUAAUGCAAAAUAAUUAAACGAGAAUUUUGUUGUUUCAAAUUUUGGUAUCCAGGGCCAAAUGGCGCUGAUUUUGAUAUCAAUCGAAGCUUCUUCCAUCUAUGUGCAGUUUUUUAAAAGUAGACCAUUUUUCGAUUUUUCAAGAAUUUCUUUUUUCAGACGGAUUUUCGAAAAAGAAAAUAUUCAUGAUUAUGUGCUUCUUGAUAUAUCGACGCGAAAUUCAUCUAGGAUCAUUUAGAGACUAAAUACGAGCCGACCUAAUUAAUAUUUUUGGAUUAAAUGGAUUUUAAAUUUUGAAAAACGAGACUCGUAUAAUUUCUCCAAAUCCGCAAUUUUUUUUUUUUUUUUGAACAAUAAAAGGGCUAAUAAUGAAUUCCCACCGGAUCCAACGCCGUAUGUACUCUAUGAACCAAUUUAUAUAUUUUUCAAACCCAUGGAAAAAUUAAAAAUAAUUGUUUCCCAAAUUUUUCCCUCCGCACGAUCGAAUAUAUAUUAAUUUAAAAAUACUACCGUUCUUUCGAUUGGCGAACACGACCCUUCAUCCAACAGGUCUUGGACAGGGCGCUUUUUGACUUGUGGUACGCGCUUAAGACCUUUUUCAGGGUUACCCUCUAUUAUCUACUAGAAAAAUUGAAAGAUUUUUCACUUGAA